AUGGACUUUCUAGAACUUCUAGACGAAGAGCCAGCAGCUACAGCGACAAACAAAGAAAAACUGGAGACUGCUGAGGAGAGAGCCCGAAGAAAACAAGAGAAGCGGGAGAGAAAAGAGAAGAAGAGACAAAAGAAGGAACUGCGCGAGGCAAAGGCAGUAGGGAAAGCCAACGAUACUGAAAAGAAAAACCCACCUCUUCAGGCUGAUUCAACGCCCGUGAUUCCAGUCAAGAACGGUAGGUAUGGUCCACGCGGCUCUUACAAGAAGAAAGAGAAAGACACAAAUGGCAAACCUGUGUCUGCAACGAAGCGCAAGAGGGAGAGCGACGCGAAUGCUUCACAUGACAGUGCCACUGCUCUCAACAGUGAUGCCUCAUUGCUCAGCCCCAACUUCUUGUCGGGCUUGAAGGAGAGCAUGGGUGACUUAGGCGCUGCGUUCAAAGAACCCAAGAGCACUGAGUCUCCAACGGAGCCACCGCGUAAGAAGAGAGGAAGACCACCAGGAUCGCGCAAUAGUGUCAAAGCAGAGUCUACCACGACUGUAACUCCAACCCCUUCCAAGUCUACUACCAAAUCGACCUCCGGUGAAGUCAAGCCAAAGACGCAGAAGAAUGAGAAAGGCAAAGACGCUGGCACCACUGUCGGUAAACCGUUCAAGAUGCUCAGAACGCCAAUUCCCGUUCCUUCAAUCGCAUCAACUCUACUCUCUGGCCCGAAGAAGACGCCUAUUCCACUUCCUCCGAAACCAAGCGGCAGCAUGAGUGAGCCACCGCCUGGUAGGGCGAAAAACAUCCGCACGGAAUCCCAAGUUCUUGUCACGGAGACGCCUCCAUCUCAAAUGCGUCGGAUGCCUGCAACCACGACUCGCCAGCCAGCCAUCCCAUUCACUUCAGAAAAGCCCGAGGAAUCCAAAAAGCACAUCAUCGGCAGUCAAGGCUCAGUGAAUCCCCUGACCAGCAGUCAGGUAAACGACUUUACAUCAUCAAACCUCAUGCAAUACAAGCAGAAGCUCAACGACGAGCCCAAACCGCGUCCCCGCAGUCGUCGCGCAGUCUCUGAAGCCACGAGCACAACAUCCAGCAGUUCCUCGACGUCGAUGAGCAUCCGAGACAUGUUGACCCGUAUACCCAAGCCCUACACGCGGCCCGCGGUCGACAAAAACCCAUUUGCGAUUGACCCGUCCGAGAAGAAAGCAAAGAAAGAGCGAACAAUGGAAACGCACGACGAAGCUUCAUACACCACCUUCACCGCCGCCUACAAAGCAUCCCAACACACCAUCAACUUCACCGACGAAGCCGAGUAUCUCAACGAACACAUUACUCUGCUCGCCGCCAGCGCCGCCGCAGGGCCACUCCCCUGCCUCAACAAGGCAACGGGGUGCUCGCCGAAAAGCGAGCAGAUGCUGCGUCUGCACCGCGAAGACAACACCACGGCACUCAAAAUGGUCGUAACCAGCGAGUCCGACGCCGCCCUCUCCGCAACACACAUCUCGCGCGCCCAAGCCGCCGACACACUGCUCCGCCACUCCAUCGCCGCGCGUAUCCCCGUCGCCCUGGGUCCCCUCGACGGAACCUGGAAACUCUACUGCCCGGACUACACUGCCGCGCACGUGGACAAGUACGGCUUUGGUCUGCGCACGCUAAGCAUCCACUCUGUAGCCGGGCUAUUCAAAUCCAAGAAUACGAGUGCCGGUGGUGACGACGAUGUGCCCAUGUACACGGCUCGACUGUGCAUCCCGCCUCGUCCCAUGGCGUUUAGCCUCGCCGAAUUCACGGCUCCGCCUCAUGCGAGUUUCCGCGCUACGACGCUCAAGACGGUGGUCGAGGGGUACAAGAUGGACGUGGUGUUUCUGGGAAACGGGUAUUUGAAGCUGAGGAUUGAUGUGCAUUUGCUACUUAUGGGCAAGGCGGCGGCGGAGAGUGGGGUGGGCAGUACCAAAGCCAAUGGCAAAAACAAGGCCAAACCCCCUGAAUACGGCAUCUGGGAUUUCCUCGGCGUCCACGACAAGGCUGUUGUCUGGCAGCCGCCCGUUGAUGAGCUGGAGGUUGAAGGCAGGAAGCUGUGUGCCAAGUAUGAUGGCUGA